AUGCUGCUGUUCAAAUCAGCGGUGACGUUGCCCCGGAUUACAAAAGAGCUGAUUUGGUCACACCACGUCCAGGAUAACAACACCACCUGCAGCCUGUUUGACAGACGAGGUGGAGGUGGUGAGUUUGAGUCGAGCUGUGCUGUUUUAUUUCAGAUCGAUCAGUGAGUCAUUAAGAGCUUUUGUUUCAGAGCGCAGCGGGUUUCUUAUUGUUUCCAGAGGCCUGGAUGUUCUUCAGCUCUCUGACACUCCUGUCUUCAUCAUCAGUAUCUGCUCAUGUUCUGUGCAUGCAGCUCCAGGACUUGAAGGAUGUGAAAGUAAGGUCAGCCAGGUUUGAGGAGUUCGCAGAGACUGUCGUCCUUGUUGCAGGUCGAAUCUUGAUUUUGCAGUUUUUUGAUGCAUGUCCUCUCUUUGUGCCUCUCUGCAGUUCCUCAUUUCAGCACUCGAGUCCAGUCCCACUCGGGCUCUGAUUACUCAGGUACUGGAGGGAAGCAUUUAAGAUUAUUUAUUGAUUAUGACUGUUUUAGUGUUUUUGUUUCUAAUUUAAAGUCCUGAUGUUUUAGCGCAGGUCCUCACCUGGAUGCACCAUCACAUGUGGUCUUUCUCAGCUCCAGGAUUCCUGACCCUUUAAUCCUAACCCCCAAUUUCAACUGCGUCCGGAACAGCUACUAGAAGGCCGCAUCCGCCGGUCGCAGCUGAUCGUAACCAUUCAAUUUAAUGUGUCAAUUUUCACCGGCUUCUUUCCGUUCCUCCGCGGAUUGCCGGACUGCAAGAGUUAGAUUUUUUCUGGACGCCAGAGCAUAUCGGUUAAAGUCAGUACAGAUUAACCUGUGCUGGAAAGGAAGUCGGGCACAGACACAAAAUAAAACAUCCGGCUUCUUUUCAAAAUACAACACUCCGUGUUUCAGGCGCAUCGUAUUUCACACUAUGCAAACGGGUGGAAACGAACAAGUGAAAGGUUUUUAGACGUCAUUUCAUCCCGAUGACACCAUGGAUGAGGAGAUGCUGAUUCUAGAGGUCUAGAAGUAGAUUUCCUCCACUGGAAGGACACAAUCUACUGCUGAUAUGGUUAACCUAUGUGGCUGACGACAACUUGUUAUCGCGCGAUUGCACGUGAAUUUAUGAUUCCUGCUGUCCAUAAUCCGCCACAAAAUUCAUCUCACAAACGGAUCUGGUAGAAAUUGGCGGACGGUGAAAACUGCUGCCGUCCCGGAUUGGAGUUGUUCUGGAUGCAGUGAAAAUUGGGGGUUAGGUAGAUCAGGUUGUGGUAAAGUUAUGUUUCGGGUUAGAUGUUAAAAAUGCGAACUUUUCACGCUCAAAAGAGAUGAUACUGUCAACUGAAAACCGUCUUUGCUUUAAAUGAGUGUGUAUGUGGUUUACGGUGCUUCUGCAGGCACCCUCUAGUGGACACUCAGGGAACUGCAGUUUUUAACACUUCCACAUCUGCUUCAUUUCUCAGGACUGA